GCCGCCGCCGCCGCCAUAGGGUGAUCGCUGCGCUGCGCCGAGAUGGCGCUGGAGGUGCGGCGUAUGGAGGGCGAUGUGGAGGAUGGCGAGCUCUCCGACUCGGACUCCGACAUGCCCGGCGCCGGCUCCCCCAGGGAGCGGCAACAGAAAUCAAACGAUGGCAGUAAUGCAGGCAGACCUUUCCAGAGCAGCAUUUCAUCAGGUGUACCAGACGUUCCUUAUCGGACAACCAAAAGUGUAGAUUCAAGUGAUGAAAGCUUUUCUGAAUCUGAUGAUGACAGCUCUCUGUGGAAACGAAAACGACAGAAGUGUUUCAACUUUCCUCCUGCUAAAUGUGAGCCUUUUCCACUUAAUCAGAGCCACGCGAAACAAACUGCUCUAGGUGGUAAGAAGGUUAACAAUAUCUGGGGCAUGGUGCUCCAGGAGCAAAAUCAGGAUGCAGUGGCUACUGAACUUGGGAUUCUAGGAAUGGAUGGAAGUAUUGACAGGAGCAGGCAGUCGGAGACUUACAAUUAUUUAUUGGCUAAAAAGUUGAUGAAGGAAGCUCAGCAAAAGGAGGCAGAGACUUUAGAUAAAGAACUGGAUGAAUACAUGCAUGAUGACAAGAAAACAUUGCCAGCAGAAGAAGAAAAUGGACAAGGCUUUCUCAAACGAAAGCGAUCUGUGAAAGACAGACUGGGUGAAAGACAAGAAAUGAAAUACAAAGGAAGGUAUGAAAUAACAGAAGAAGAUUCGGAGGAAAAAGUAGCAGAUGAAAUUGCUUACCGGCUUUGUGAACCAAAGAAAGAUUUAAUUGCUCGAGUAGUGAAAAUAAUUGGAAAAAGAAAAGCUAUUGAGCUGCUCAUGGAAACUGCUGAAGUGGAACAAAAUGGUGGACUGUUCAUAGUGAACGGUACUAGGAGGAGAACACCAGGGGGUGUUUAUUUAAACCUGCUGAAGAACACACCCAGUAUCAAAGAAGAACAAAUCAAGGAAAUAUUCUAUCUGGAAAACCAAAAAGAGUAUGAAAACAAAAAAGCUGCUAAGAAGAGAAGAAUACAAGUUCUAGGAAAGAAGAUGAAAAAAGCCAUUAAAGGGCUUAACCUGCAAGAAUAUGAUGAUGCAUCUCGUGAGACUUUUGCUAGUGACACAAACGAAGCUCUGGCUUCUCUGGAUGAUUUACAGGAUGGGCAUCAUGAAACCAAGAUGGAACAUGAAGAUAUUAUAGAAAUCGAUAAUGCUCAUGAUUUGGAAAUCUUUUAGAUAUUAAUGGUAACAAAGUUUCUAUAAAAUGUAUAAAACAAACUUUUAAAAAUAUACUAUAACUUCUUGUUCUCAUAAAUUGCAGAAACGUGGGAAAUAUUUGAUGAAGAGGAAAAUAGUAUAGAAAAUGGCAUAACUUUUAACACCAUGAAAAAAUGUUAACUGUCCUAUUAUUUGUUUGCUGAGUCCUCAAAAACUGAUAAGAUUUUUCUCAAUAACAGUUCUGCAUCAGUGUUCCUUAGGAAAGUUGUUUUAGCCACGUUAAUUUUAGUAAUUAAUACUUCUAACAAAAUAAAUCCAGCUUAAUCUGCUGAAGCUGACGAAGUUGCCAUCAAAUAGGGGAUGUUCCUGAUUAUACUUGAACAGAAACACCAGUAUAAAGUUACUCUUGAUGUAAAAGAUUAUGUGAUGUUAAUAUGACAGUGUGCUGACAAGAAUAGCAAUGUUUAUAUGAUUAAGACCUGUAAAAUCAGAUUAAUUUGUGAAAUUAACUGCAUUUUAAUGUUGGCAAUCUUUGAAUAACAAUCUUGUAAAUAGGUACUGCUGAGCAAUGUAUGUUUUAAAUUUCUGCAGUUUAUUCCAUUUAAUAAUAGUGGUUUGAGCUUCCUAGCUAUGCUACCUAAACUUUUUCUAUGAAUAAACAUACACAGUUUACACAUCUCUUUGGUCUAAAAGACAGCUCUUUCUGAAUGGAGAGAUUGUAUUAAUGUUUGCUUUGAGUGUCUUUAUACCCUAUGUGCAGGUAUAAACAUUGCAGUUCUUGUUUCCGUGCUUUUUCUUGUGGUAGAAUGAAGUUAUGUGCAGCCUUGCAGGAAUUAUGAAGUUCAUAUUUGCUGAAUCUUAAGAAAACAAAGUAUGCAAAAGAUAACUUCUACUUGACACAAAAGACCUUUUUAAGUUUGUAGAUAAUGUUUUGGUUGUAACUGAAGAAAGUUUGUGACAUUGAUAUGUAUAUGUUUACAAUACUUUGUCACUAUUGAGUUGUAUUUUCUGUGAAUAGACACAUUAUUUUGCAAUAUAAAAUACUGUUGUGAUUUAACCUUGGAGGCAGUAAGUACCACACAGACUGUUCCUGACUACCAGCUCCCAGGGGAAUCAGGAAAAAAAAAAAGAAAGGUAGAACUCAAGGGUUGAGAUAAAUGCAACAUACUAAGACAGAAAACUAAGGGAAAAUAAUAGUAAUUAUAUAUUUUUUCAAUACAAAUGAUGCACAACACAAUUGCCACCCACUGACUGAUGCCCAUCCCAUCCCCAAGAAGCAGCUGCUCCCAUUUGUACCCUUUGUCUCAGCCGGAUUCCCUAUUUUUGUAGUUCUGCGUGGUGUCAUAUGGUAUGGAAUGUCCCUUUGGCCAAUCUGAGCCAGCCAUCUUGGCUCCCCUGUGCACCCCAAACCCCUUUCCUGACAGAGCAACAUGAGAAGCAGAGAUGUCCCUACCUCCAUGCAGCACUGCUCAGCAACAUCCCAACCUGGUGGUUUUUUCUCCAAAGCACAGCACCACGCUGGCCAUCAUGAGGAAAAUCAGCUAACCUAGCUGAAACGGCAACAAAUAAGUUGGCAUUCAUAAUGGAUUAAUUGGCUUCUAAAGCAAACACAUAUCCAUAGAUUUUCCUCAUCUGGGAGUUCUGGGAUUUCAGAGGCAAGGCGUGUCACUGAAACGUAUAAUGAAAUAAUAUAACUGUCAAAAGCUGGUAGUAAAAGGAUAAAAUAUCUUGAGAAAGACUCGAGAAACAUACACACAUUCCAUUAUGCUUUUAAAUUUAUCUAGGAGUUCUGCAUUUUUCUGUUGAUGUGUCUGAGCUUCCUGUUACUCAUCAGGUGUGAAGUGUGCUUUUGCUGGAAACAGGCUGUCAACAAAGUAGUAGGAUUUGAUUUAUUCAUUAACUUUCCUAAUACAUCUGUAAUGAUCAAGUGUACUAAAAUGGUAAGUCAUGCACAGUACUUGAUUAGUUUGAGACAGUACUUGUUGGUCGUGGUUUUGGUAAUUACUUGGGAAUGUCUUCCAAAAAUGGUAUAGAGAACACUAAUUUUUAUGGGUUAAGAUUUCAGUUUAUUUGUUGGGGUUUUUUUUCUUCCAUUGUUAGAUAAUUUUAUGUUUAUAAGAACUGUGUAUUUUUUGUCUAAGUGGUAAUAUUUUUAGUGUUCGUUUCCUAGCUAAGGAUAUUGAAACAGUGUAUGAAGUCAUCUCUUCAAGGAAAGAAUGAUAUAGAGCAUCAUUUCCUUCUUUGUCUGCCUCAUGUUUUCUCUCCCAUCUUCUUUGGCUUUCACAGUGUUCCUUUCAAAAGGACAUGCACUCAAAAUAUUUGAGCAUACAGUCUUCAUUCUGUUUUCACCAAUGGGUAUUAAAAAGAUUGUGUUAAGUAGAAA